AUGUCGCACGACGAGCAAAGGAAAAUAAACGAUUCGUUAAUUAAUUCGGAAUCAUCGAAUCCGUCUCGAAGUGAUUUCCGCGAAAAUCCCGUUCAAAAGGCGGAAAAAAGCGAAGUCGAAGUGGGAGUAGGAGGAAAUGGGAGUGGGAGCGGGGGCGGGAGUCGUUCGCCGAAUUCGCAACUACAACAACAACGAAUUCAAAUCAAUCACAUAAAAAAUUUUGAAAGUCAAUCUCAGCGUGAUACGCGUUCGAAAUUAUCACCAGGAGGAGGAAACGUGAGCCAAAGAUUACAAAAUGCGAAAACGUUCCUAGGAGGGAACAGAGCCAACGAGGAAUGUUCGACCAAUGCAAAAUCGAACGGGGAAAAACUUUGCGUAAGCCAAAAUAAAAUUUUAAAUUAUGGAUCCAUGGGACGGAACAGACGGAGCGAACACAGAAAUUCAAAUUUUGAAAGGCGGUUGAGUUACGGUUACGAUUCUCAAAACGUUCGAGACGUAAGAACGACGACGAAUCCGGCGUUUAAUAAAAAUUUCAUGAUGCAAACGGGAAGUUUGGAAAGGGAUGGAAAUUAUAAAAUGAUGACGAUGAUGAAUAAUUCGCCCUACAACUGUUCCUCGUUGAAAAGAGAAUCCAUGCGAAACAUGGUCGACUACCGGCAAAAUCCAACGAACGGAAGAAUGAACGUUUCGACGAACAAAUCGAACAAUCAUCAUCCUAGUCAUCAUCAAAUUUCGAAUUCGUCUCCUUCGAAAAAUUCGUCGACGGGUAAAAACGUCGCCGUUCCGACGGAGAAAUCAAACGAGGAAAACGCAACGUCGAAAGAUUACCGGUCUGGUAAUGACGAAUGCGAUGGAAGAACGACCGUGAAUGCGAACGUCAAACGUUACAGCUACGAUUUUGAUAAAUCGUCGUCCGUGAAAUCGGAUAGACACGUUAAUUGUGUGGGAUACAAAACGGAAUCCCCGGAGAAAUCCACGGGGAUCGUCGAAUACGGGAAAGAUAGGCAAAGGUUUUUGCCACAACACCCGCCUCCGGGCGGUCCUCCGCCAUUUUAUAAUCCUCCUCAACCACCUGGUAAGUUGUUGUAG